CUCUGUUUUUCAUGCGUUCGAAUAUUUAUCGAAAUAAUCGAAUUAAGAACUGAUUGCAGACAGGAAAAGAGAGAAACAGAGCAUGGAAGAAGAAAGGAAGUGGGAGAAUUUGGCUUCAGACUGCUUGGUCUGUAUAUUCUGUUAUCUAGGAAUGGAAGAGCUGACAGUUGCUCUUCCAUUUGUCUGUAAAUCCUGGCAUGAAGCUUCUUUGGAUCCUCGAUGCUGGAAGAAGCUGAACUUCCUUGAACUGGACUUCAGUUCUGGAAGUAAUUUUGAACGAAGAUUCAAGCAAGAGUAUGGCGUUGGGAGCAGGUUCUGUUUUUCUUCUUUGGUGAAGCUCUGCAUUGAGCGCAGCCAUGGAUCAGCAGUGGAGCUGUCGAUCCCGUCUGUUUGCAGUGAUUCGAUUCUGCAGGCUCUGAUUUCUGCUUCAAUCGGAUGCCCCAAGUUAAAAGUGGUUGAAUUCCCAGGCGUACGUCGCCAAGAUGAGAAGCAACUUCCUCAACUGAUAAGCAAAUGGAAAGAGCUUGAAACUCUAAAGAUCUCAUUGAAACCAGUUUCAUUCAUAGAAACAAUUGAACAAAUCAACAUAAACUGCCCCAACUUUGCAGGGCUUCGCUUAUAUGGAUUAUUUAAUAAUGCAGAAACAAAAGCCAUUGCCGGAUGCAUCCCAAGAUUGAAAAUUUUCGCCAUAAAUGGAUCUAUAAUUGACAAGGAAGGUUUGAUGGAGAUAUUGGAUGGUUGCAGUGAGUUGGAGGUGUUAAAUGUGUCGGAUUGUGCAGGUUUUGAUGUUGAUGAUGAGAUAUUAAUGAAGGCAUCUAAGAUCAAGAAGUUUGUCUUUAAUGACGUUACGAAGGAAGGUAACAUGAUACAUCACUUACUUUUAGAGAGAUUACAAGUUGUUACAAAAUAUUCGCAUUGGCAACAAAUAAUGUAACUGUUGUCAUUUUUGGGCAUCUUAUUCCAAUGAUUAUUGUUGUUGUGAGUAUAACAACAGUUCAAUUAUGUUAAGCCCAGUGAUCUUAAUAUCGUUGUAAAACUUAGCAGUAGUUA